AUGGGCGCUUCGACUGUCCUCUCUUCUCGCAUCCGGACCGCCAAGGAGCUCAGCGCCGAAGCGGACGCGAGCGCAAAAACGGCGGGCAAAGCGAGGAACGCACUCCGGCUCUACGAGGAGGCGAGCGCUCUCUGCCCGGCCGAGCCGCGAUAUGCGUUUGGCCGGGCACUGAUGCACCUGAAGCUGCACGAGGCGGCCGAGGCGCAGGCCGUGUUCAACGAGCUCGAUGCGAUGCGACUUAGCGCGUCGCAAUCUGCGCUGGUGGAGGCGCAGCGGGCAAGGGCGCACGAGGUGGCCGCUGGAGAGUUCAUCGAGGUGUGUAUCGAGGCGGCGAGCCAGGACGCCUGUGCCGCAUCACGCGUCGAGCUUCAGGCGCGGCGGGCGGAGUCGGAGCUGCGAGCGCUGCUGGUGGAGGGUCCGGACGACGCUGACGUGAUCAAGUUGCUUGCGCAGUCGACGGCCGCGUUGGAGGCAUUGGAAACCGAGAGCGAGCCUGGCGCAGCGCACGCCGACCGAACUGCUCGUACCGAGCAAGCGGACGAUGCAAGGCAGCCGGGCAAUGCGCCCGAAGAGUCGCCUCAAGGGCAGCGGCAGCGGCCACCGGCGGGCCUCUCGGCGCUGCCGGUAGCGCCGGGCCCCGUCGCUUGGCUCGUGCGCGUCCUCAAGCUCGACUGUUGCGGCCUGGGUGCAGCAGCCGCCGACGGCGCGGGCAGCGGCACGCUGCGCGACGCGCCGCACCGUCCCCUGCAGCGCGUCGCAUCUUCAAAAGACCCGGCGCCCCCGCGGCCUCAGCACAAUCAGGGCUUGGGCCGCCCGCCUUGA